UGUGGCGGAGGAGCCUUGUGCGCAGCGCUCGCGUGGAUCUCCCGUUUUUGCUCUUUGAGGGGAUGUCACCGUGUCUCAAGUCUGAAUAGUUUUUAAAGAAUAACCCAAAGGGAGAUAUAGUCCUAUACCCUUUAAAAAAAUUAUCUUUGUCCCUCUUUACCAAUUAAAAAGGAAAAUAAGAGAAAUAGCAGAGAAAAGGGAGAAAAAUAAUAACAUCCUUUUUUUGAGUGUUUUUGUCGUGUGCAGGAUUUGAUAUCGGUCCAAGGAAAUCUUGAGACACGCGUUGUGAGAGAGAGGAAAGGGCCUUUCCCCCGGGCGGCGAUCUGUGUUCACGAUGUGGCGGGUGUGUGCGAUAGUGUUAUGUCUAGUGGGUGUUCACCGCGCGCCCUUGGCCGUCGUCGGGGCGAACACCCAGGCCGAGGACCCCCAGGACCCCGCGGGCUGUGCGCCGCCCCUGGAGUUCCUCGUUCAGCACAACGUCGCGGCCCAGGAGCAUCUGGCACAGCUUCCUAGCAAUGG